AUGUCUUCAAGCCGUGCACAAAGCGAAUCAGUUUCGACCAUUCUCAGAGAAGGAAUAAGCGGUUAUAUCAACCGCUCAAAGCUUGAGAGUAGACUUUAUGAAUUAUUCGGGCGCAAUAUCCAAGUUGUGUACUUUUGCGGCCGAAUCAGUUUCCAAGCGCAACGAGAAGUGCAAGAGGGAUCUCUUUGA